AUGGCAGCGUUUCGUCAGAGCCAAGCUGGUGCUCAAGGGGAAAGAGCGGGCGCCAGCGGGCCACUCUGGAGCACCGAGCUGUGGCCAGAAUACUGGCUCUGCGAACGGGUUUCAUCGUUUGCUGGUGUUGAAGUCGAUGUGAAUUCCAGGAGCAAAAAAAUCCCAGACGAGGGAUGGGCGCCCACGACAGUUAUGGGCUCGGUCAAAAACAAGCCUACGGUAGUCGUGGAAGUGGGGGUUACUGAAACGGAGGCCAAACUUCGAAGAGAUGCGACGAUGUGGACUGAUUCCACAGGGGGCCAGGCAAAUAUUGCUAUCACAAUCAAGAUCAACCAAGCCAAACCGCUUAUAAAAAUCGACAAAUGGGAGUGGAAUCCGGUUACAAGCACGCCAUAUGUGGUCCAGCACAUUGAACUCGCAGGAGGUAAUGGGACCUGCUCGGUUUCAGGCCCGUCUCUAUUGAUUCCCUUUGAAAAGCUUUUGCUAAGGGCCGCUAGCUACCCUCGGGAAUGGAGUAUCGUACUCGAUGUUGAAGCUUUGAAGACUUUGGCGAUUAACAUCUGGAUGAACCAACAGAUUGCUUAUUAG